AUGGAGAUGUUUGUGGCUCGUCCUUUGCAUUCCUUGAGCCUGAUAUGGACUCCCAAAAGCCUCUGUGUGCUGAGCAAAUGCCUCGACAUCGAUCAGCACCUCCAAAGCUUCUCAUCGCCGCCCGGAGCGUUUGGCCCGGGCCUGGAGGCUUUGGAUCUCAUGGACAUUUUGGCGAUGGGUGAGGACCUGUUAUCGCAAGAGCCCAGUGUGUUGGAGUUGAGGGGUUCCAUCACCCUUUGCGGUGCCAUUCUGGGCGACCUGCAGCACUUGCAGAAUCUUCGCCACGUCAUCACAGCGCAGCCCGGGACGGGGCUGCUGUUCCUGGGAAUUACUUGGCGGAGAAGGCGGAAAACGAAGUGGAGGCAGGAAGAUAAGAGGGAGGUUCGGCCCUUGUGCGGGGAUGUGGUGCUUGGUUCGUAUGACCUGCUAGGUAUCCAGACCGCAUUUGGCUACUGCGCGGCGCAGGAGUUUGGCAACAGCUCUCACUUUCGCACCGAGUGCAUCAGGCGCUACGACCUGAAGGUGGCCCUGCGUUUCCUCCGCAUCUUGGAAUGGCUUCCACUGGCCGCGGUGGUGGGGUCGGCGCACCUGUGCUGCUUGGGAGGCAUCAGACCCCUUGGGGGUUUGAACCUCAAAGAGAUUCAGAAGCUCGGUGAUCAGAAUGCAGCUGCCAUGUCGAUGUUUUUCAGGGCUUAUGACCGAUGCCUGGGCGGCGUUGCACCCAGCGUCUACGGCCACGGCCAUGGUGGCCACGGCGGCCACGGUGGCGGCCACGGUGGCGUGGCAUCGCCGAGCCCGGCGAUGCGGAUGAGCCCGUCGGCUUCGAGUCACCCGGAGGAGAGGCUGUUGAAGCCAUGGAUGCAGUUCGUGUCAUUGUUGAGCGCGCUCACUGCUGCCAUCAUCAGUCUUUGGUCCUUACGUGACCCCGGCGCUUGUGUUUCCUUUACAGAGAAGCAGGCCUAUGCACCAAAGCAGUGCAAGGCCCUGCAAGGCUAUGCGGAUGCCAAUACACAUUUGCUGGGCUUCUGCUACAUGAACUGCGGAGACACUGAAGUUCGCAUCUAUGCAUGGUCACUACUCUUUGGAAUGUUGCUUCAGUCCCUGACGGUGCUCCCUUCCCAUUGCAACUGCGGCAUGUUUCUCCGUGUCACCUGGCGAGUGGACUUUACCGGAGACCUGGCCGAGCUGGAGGAGUUGACGAACCAACGGAGUGGCGGCUGGUUGUGGCGUCGCAUUCAAGCCUGGACCGGGGAGCAACGAGGCAACCUGUUCGAUUGGCUCGAGAAGUUGCUACAGAAACAGUCCAAGAUGUUGCCUCUGCACAUGGCGGCCAUUCACAAACUGUCGAUGUUUUGGUUACUGAUCGCUUUAUUGGAACUGCUGCUUCAUGCAGCUUCCAGCGUUCAGCUGUAUCAAGGUUCUGUAUCCUUUCAAUGCCCAUCGAUUGAGGAGCAAACCUUAGAGAUCCAGGCUGAUGUAAAAUAUGGAGCCGUGGAGGUUUCAGGUCAGCUGCUGACCAUCCUCCUCCUCUUCUUGUCCAUUUUCCUCAGUUCCCGGGCCCAGUGGCGCAUCUGCCUGGAGGUCACGGCCGGGGAGCUGCGGCAGCUCCUGGGGCCCCAGGGCGGCCGUGACGGCGGCGUCGUGGUGCCCAAGACGCGGCACCCGGUGCUGAGCCGCGUCUUCGGCAAGGAACUCACGGAGCUGCGCGGCCCGCGGUGCAUCAACGAGAUCUCCCUUGGAGCGAGCGGUGGUUUGUUCGACGUGGAAGCGCAGCUCCUUCUCUUAGGCUCCUGUGGGCGUCACAAUGGCAGCGGCAUCCCCUGUCUCCUGGGAGCCUUCUGCCUUGUGAUCCUCAUCUUGGCACAGCUAGUGAUCUUGGCCGCCGGGGUCACCGUCAGUGAAAAGCUGCAGGAUGAUGAUCAGAUGGCCAUCACUUUGGUGGAUUUCCGGGAGUACCAGGAGAAUUUGAUCCACAACCUCUAUGCUGGUCAGAAGGUUCGCAGCCAUGUUUGGCUCCGUCCCUAUGGCGAAGCAUGGCAGGUGGCCAACUUUUCUGAAGCUGGAGGGCUGCGGAGCAAGUGGCGCCGCAGUCAGUCGGUGGUCAGCGGGGUGCGAAUUGUGGAAACUCCUGACGAGCAGUGGGAUCAGGUGCAUUCGAGAGGUUUGCCUACAGAUGAGGGUCCUUCAACUGUUUAUGUGGAGUUCGACACUCCUGACGAUGAGACCGAGAUUUCCAAAGACGUCGCCAAAGUGCGACAGAUGGUGCCCGUGGACUUCCUCCCUGGUGCGUUCUUUUGUUCCGUGAGCGUUGGUCGGCAAGAUGCUUGGAACAAUCUUUCCAUGAUGGCGUCGUGCUCUGCCCUGGCAUUGGUGGUUUUUGAUCUCACCUUCCACUUGCAAUACAGCAUCCAAGAUUGUGAAGAUAUCCUCAGUGGCCGCUGUUUGGAACUGGAACCGCGUGAUCAGAGAAGGGUGGCUUCGGCCAUCGGGGUGUACCUGGCCUUGCUGGGAGGUGUUUGCAUCAUCCUGGUGAUUGGCUUCCUGAUACCACUGCGCAGAGAGAAGCUAUGCCAAUCCUUUGGGUGA